CGGAAGUAAAAAAGUUUAUUGCCGACCAAACUUACGCGCAAAGUCGCAAAUCAAUUUAUGGGCAGCAAGCUAAAAACUUGAUAUCUGCCCCAAACACUCCGUCGCAAAUGCAAAACGCGAUCCUUUUAAAUCUCAAUAUCUUCAUUGAAAUUAUGUGCCUCUUUGUAUGACUUCUUAUCAUUCAUGCAGGUAGAGCGCCGUCCAUUCUUUUACUCUUUCUUUCCUACCCCAGUAUCAGGCUUAAUCCUACAAGCCAGCAUUGAUCACUACCUAUCUUUCCAUCUUCGCAUUUUGACCUGGGAGGAUCAAUAUGUCUGCGCCUACUGCAGCUCAAGCUGAACUCAUCAGGUAUGCUUCCCAAAAAUUUCACCAAAGAUGACAAUGGCUCACACAGUUCCAGCUCUCUAUCUCAAGAUGAAAUCCCAAUCAAGCUUCGAUGCGCCAUAUGUAGCAGAUUAGCUGUCAAUGCUUUUCGUUUACCUUGCUGCGACCAGGCCAUCUGCGAGACUUGUAAGCUCACUCUUCUGCGCAAUAUGAAUUACAUCAGUUAUUAACAUACAUGAGGUCAUUCAACUCUUCCUUCUUCCUGUCCAGUGUGCGAACAUACACCAGUGGCUUCGGAGGAUUGCAAACCUCAUAAAUCACUACGAACCACAAUAAAGGUCUUCUUGAGAACGGAGGAGAAGAAGCGCAUUGAUGCUCUGGCUAAACAAAGCAAAGAAACGCCGCCAGCUACACCUGUAGAUGCCCUUCCAACUCCAAUUGAGCUGAGCAGUGGGCCUGUUGAUGAUACUUCAAAGAAGGCGCUGGAAGAUGCUACAUCUACCAACGGAGUAAAGACGGACACCGGGGCUGGUAAACCUGCGGAGGAGAAUAAUGUCUCUGCAGAACCAGGCGCAUCUGAGAUAUCACAGUCAGAGGAGCAUGAUGUUCCACAGCCCUCCAUUGAGGUAUGGUUAUAGCUAUAUUCUUGGAGUUUGAUAGAUACUUACUAUAAAUUAGGAGAUUGCGCCUGGUCAAGAGCCUAGUGAGGAUGUGAAACAGGUAGACACCUUAGUCGAUGGUGAAAAGGGUGAGAAGAAAGACACCGCAGAGAAGGAAGGGGAAACUGGAGUAGCUCCAACACCAGCUUUUGGGAGUGGAUUUGGCUUUGAUCAAUCUGCCUCUGGUAGCUUUCCUGGGAUGGGGUUUUCUGGCGACUUCAAUCAAAUGCAAAUGAUGAUGGCGAUGCAGAACGGCAUGGCUCCAGGAGGUUUCGGGAAUUUCCCUAUGAUGGGUAUGUUUGACGGCAUUUACAUCACAGCGAAUGAAAAGACUAACUAAAUACUAUUGCAGGAAUGCCAGGGAUGAAUAUGGAUCCAAUGACAAUGCAAAAUAUGAUGAUGAAUGGUGGCUUUGGGGGAGCAGGCAUGGGCAUGAACGGCAUGAACAUGGGUAUGGGUAUGGGGAACUUCGAUGGUGGUAUAGGUGCUGGUUUCAAUAAUGGGUGGAAUUCCCAACAAUCAUGGAAUGUCGGACCAGAUAAUUUCAAUCAUCCAAAUGCUGCUAGCAUGGGCCCUGGUGAUUAUGGAGCAAAUAAUUCUGGUUUUCCACAAAAUGCUGCAGGAUUUAACCAAGGUAAUUUUGGACGCGCAAAUCAGUACAAUGACUAUCAAAACAGUUAUUCACAAGGCUAUCAAGGCCGUGGACGAGGUAGAGGCAGAGGUGGCUGGCACCAGAACCGUGGUGGCCAUGGACAUGGCUUUAAUGACCACUCACAACAUUUGCAACAGCAAGUUGGCCAAGGUCAGCAAUCAUCUGAAUCAUAUAAUGAAAAUGAUCCAAUGUCUACCGGACCGAAAGGAGAGACUGAAUCUGGGUCCGGGGCGAACGUCGAUGAGUUUGGCAGAGAACUACGUCAAGAUACUCCCAAGAACGAAGCAGAAAAUGGUAUUGAUGGCAUUAACAUUCAAGAUGCCAUAUCUUCUGCGACUAAGGACGGCAAAGAACAGCAAGUAAACUCAGAAGACGUCUCUCAACAUGAUACUUCAGGAACUGGGAAUGAUGAUUUUACUCCACGGCCCAUACAAUCACUGGAGGCAAAUGAAUCUGCCGCUUUUGCACCGAUGCCCAUGAUUGGAGAUGGUUUCAAUGCUUUGUCCCCUGUAGAUACAAAUAUGCGCUACCCUAGCCACCCGCGAGGCGGAUUCUCACAAUCACGUGGUGGCCGUGGAGGGAGUUUCCAUACCAUGCAACCUCCAUUUGUGAAGCCAGUUGACAUACCUAUCAACGCGCCCACUGGACCGAAAGCUAUGCGUGAAGGACCAAAAUCAGCCCUUCCUAAUAUCAGAACUCAUGGGUUUUCCAUCGCGGGUAAAGCUAGCGCUAGUGCGCGGGGUAGUGUUAGUGGUGUUAGUGUCGCCCCAGAAUCUGCCAGCCAAGAAAGAGGAAGAACUAGGUCUCCUUCGCAAGAAAAGGAAAAGGACAGAUCGCAAUCAAGAUCAAAGUCAAAAGAUCAUAAGAAAGACAGGAGUAGAGAACGACGUCAUAGACGCAGGCAUAGAUCCACUUCCCGAUCUCGCUCUGAAGAUGAGGAAGAAAGCGAGCGACGACGAGAAAAGCGAAGAGAACGUAGACGUCGUCACGAGGAGGAAGCUGAUCUUGAACGUGAUUCAAACGAAUCUAAGACCGAGAAAAAAGAUGAUGAUAGGAGAAGAGAUGACGAGAAUAGAUCAAGGUCAGCUUCACCACAAGAGUCAAAGAGAUCAAGUCAUCGAAGUAGUCGUCGUGACCGCGAUAAAUAUCGUGACCGAGAAAGAGAUGAUGACAAACAUAGGUCUUCGUCUCAUAAGCAUCGUUCUAGUCAUCGUUCUCAUCGAGAUGAACGUUCUAGAAGUCGAGAACGUGAACGUGGCGAACGUGACCGUGAAAGAGAACAUCGCCAUAGGCAAAGUCGACAUGCAUCUCGAGAUGCGGAAGACAGAGUAAAGGGUAAUACUCCAGUUGAUACCCCUACCGAGCCGACUUUUUCUUCCAGAAAAUCGUCACUCAUUUCCAGUGGUUUGAAUGGCAUUGAAAUCAAAGGUGCAAGUUCUCGGAAUAAAUCCUCUCGAGAUAUUAGUCUACCAUUAAAUAUCCCGACCGGACCGAAAGGUGGCCAGCGAGAUCGUGAACGCGAACGUGAAAAGGAUCGCUCAAGUCGUCAUAGCGAAUCUCAUCGCUCGCGCCGAGAAUCAGAGAGAAACAACACAAGUUCACGAGACCAAGAAAAGGAUCGUCCAGAGAAGAAAAAAGAAGAAGUGGACCCACACACAUUAGAACGAGAAGCGCGCAAUAGAGAAAGGUUGCUUAAGGAAGCACAACGUAUUGCGGGUUUAACAAGCGCACUCAGUGUGGGCAGAAAGAGAAGUCGUGAUGAGGUCGAUGACGGUAGUGGGAGGAAGGGAAGAAAGAAGGGGAGAAGAGCUGGUGGAGAGGACAACGACGAGGCGAGAAUUGCGAGAUUGGAGGCAGAGAGGGAGUCCUCAAGAUGGGCUUAGUUGCUUAUGGGACUUAGACCUCGCCCCAAGUAGGCUUCAUGGCUCUCGUCUCGCCACACUUGAACAAGAGAUGACUUUGAAGCACUAAAAUGCACAUCAAUAUGUCUGAUUUUCCGACCUAGAUAUGAACAUUAAGGGCCCAUAAUGAAUGUCCGGCGGGUGAAUGGUAACUCAUCACCAUUUCGAGCAGAAAAAAAGUAAUGGCGGUUUAAAUCGGAUUAGCUGGCAUGCGUAUUUUGCAGUGCACAGGUACGAGUUGUGUGAGAUAGGUAGCUUGAGUUAUACUCGACACUCCACUUUGAGCUCGAUGAAAUGAAUAUGUUGAGUGAAGUAGAUGGACUGGCCAUACUCAGCGAAUCGAGAAAAUCGUGCUUGUCAAGCGAUGGAGUAGUUGAUGUAUAAUGAAUGAUAUUAAUGACUGCUUUUUU